GUCAAUCCCGCUCCCCGGAAUCUCCCUAGUUCACAUGGGUCGAAAAAUAACACACACGCAGCAUCUCCGAUUAUUUAUCUGCUCGCCUCCCUUGUCCGAUCUUGUCCUUCUCUUCUAGGAAACUUUUUCAUCUGAGGACCUUGCAAUUGAUCCCUGUCCCUUCCAUCUUCUCCCUUGAAUUGCAUCUCUUAUUCAUUAACGAUGUUGUCCACCCUCAGAGUCGCUGGCCGUAAGGCUGCUUCGCGUGACGCUAACUUGCGCACCGUCAUCGUUGGUGCCAGACAUGCCUCGGCCUGGUCAAACGUCCCUCAGGGCCCUCCCGAUGCUAUUCUUGGUAUCACUGAAGCUUUCAAGGCCGACUCGUUCAAGGAGAAGAUCAACUUGGGAGUUGGUGCUUACCGUGAUGACAAGGGUAAGCCUUACGUUCUGCCCUCCGUCCGUGCCGCAGAGGACAAGGUUGUCGCCUCUCGCUUCGACAAGGAAUAUGCCGGUAUCACCGGUAUUCCUUCCUUCACCAAGGCUGCUGCCGAGUUGGCCUAUGGAAAGGACUCCUCUGCCCUUAAGGAAGACCGUCUCGUCAUCACCCAGUCCAUUUCUGGCACCGGUGCCCUGAGAAUUGGCGGUGCUUUCCUGCAGCGCUUCUAUCCUCACGCGAAGAAGAUCUACCUUCCCACCCCUAGCUGGGCUAACCACAACGCUGUCUUCAAGGACUCCGGCUUGGAGGUUGAGAAGUACCGCUACUACAACAAGGACACCAUUGGUCUCGAUUUCGAGGGUCUGAUCGCUGAUAUCAAGGCCGCCCCUGAGAACAGUAUCAUCCUGCUCCAUGCUUGUGCCCACAACCCCACCGGUGUUGACCCCACCCAGGAGCAAUGGCGCCAGAUCAGCGAUGUUAUGAAGCAGAAGGGCCACUUUGCCUUCUUCGAUAUGGCCUACCAGGGCUUCGCUAGCGGCAAUGCUGACCGCGAUGCAUUUGCCCCCAGACACUUCGUGAGCGAGGGUCACAACAUUGCCCUCUGCCAGAGUUUUGCCAAGAACAUGGGUCUCUAUGGUGAGCGUGUCGGUGCCUUCUCUCUGGUUUGUGAAAACACCGAGGAGAAGAAGCGUGUGGAGUCUCAGAUCAAGAUUCUCAUCCGUCCCUUCUACUCCAACCCCCCUGUCCACGGUGCCCGUGUCGCCUCCACGAUUAUGAACGACCCUGAGCUCAACCAGCAGUGGCUUGGAGAGGUCAAGGGCAUGGCUGACCGCAUCAUUGAGAUGCGCGCUCUGCUCCGGAAGAACCUGGAGGAUCUGGGCAGCAAGCACGACUGGUCUCACAUCACCAGCCAGAUUGGCAUGUUCGCUUACACUGGUCUUAAGCCCGAGCAGAUGGAUGCUCUUGCCAAGGAGCACUCCGUCUAUGCCACCAAGGAUGGCCGUAUCUCCGUUGCCGGUAUCACCUCCGACAAUGUCAAGAGACUUGCCGAGUCUAUCUUCAAGGUGACCGGUUAGACGAACGGGGUUGAGGCUGGAGUUUAUCCUAAAAUACAUAGAUCUGCCGGGGCGUAGCCCUCUGUACUGAUAUCCGACGUGUUUACAUUAGCAUCUUCUUACGAGCAUUAUAUUUAUGGUCUAAAUUUUCUUGGAUGGUUUAUAAUAUCUUUCCCAGUUAUCCCAAUUUUACGAUUAGUGCAAGGAUAAGUUGGUCGAUAUUCGUAGUGAAGGACAACAUUCAUUGGGGCAUCCCUAUUGAAAAUACUAGUCUUAUCCCCUCUGGAUUCUAAUGGGACAUGAUAUGGGAUAUAUACCCUGGGGAAUUUGUAGAUACCACCUAGGAAGG